AUGGCCGUGGCCCGGUCCGCUGCCAUGUAUCCGACGAUUCGAUUCAGUCCAACGUCUCAAGGCUGCAGCACUCUGCGUGGAAGCCCACAAAGUGGACGAAACAAUCCAUUUGCAACUUACCGGGCCGAUGGUGACGAUGAGGCGGAUGUGCACUCGGUGCAGAUGAAGCUGGCAGUCUUGGAGCAUCAGCAGAGUGCGAUGGACGGCAAAGUUUCCGAGCUGGAGAAUGCGGUGAAAGUCUUGAGGACCAGCGCAGACCCAUCCGGCGCCUUUGCACAGCAGCUACUUCAGCUGAAAAGCGAGCUGGUAGCCGCCGCUGAGGAGGAUACGAAGCAUCGAGCAGAGCUGGCGGGGGAGCUUCGCUCAGAGCUCCAGGAGGCAAAGAAGCAGUUGCGGAAGGAGCUCUUGGCUUCCGUGAAAAGUUCCAGGGGAGACGAGGACAAGAGCUUUUCGUCUGUGCCGGAGUUGGAGAUGCAGGACGAGCAGCCAGAGGUCUUAGCAGAAACACGCGGAGAGGUCGCAGAGCUGGCGUCGCAGCUGCGCGCUGAGCUGGCUCCUUUUCGCGCGGAGACGUCUCACUCCUUCGAUCUUUGGGCAGCGCCUCUACGCGAGGAUGUCCGGGUCCUACAGCAAACCGUGCGGCAGCUCCAGGGGACCUCGGCGGAUCUCUGGCAGCAGCUGGCGCAGCCGACUGAGAUCCAGCGCCUACACAAGGCGUUUCAGACGACGGUAGAUUCUCUGGCUGAGGAGCUCGACAGCCGUUCCACGGAACUGCACAAGGUCUUCGAGCACAAGCUGGCUCUCCUACACGAGGAUUGGGAGGCGCAAGCGAGAUCCAUGCAACAGGCCCAGAGCUCCGCCUUGCGGAAGGAAUACACCUUCCUCGUGCAUGCAGAGUCGACAGGCCUCCGCGAGGAGCUGGUUGGAGCCAACACAGCCUUGCGGGCAGAGAUUGCAAGCAGCCAGGAGAAGCAGCUGAGUGAUAGUCGCGAAGCCUUGAAAGCCGCGGAAGCCGAUCUGAAGGAGCUCAAAGCCACCUUUGCCGCCGCGGCGGCGCGAAGCGAGGACGAGAAAGCCGCACAGGCAAAGAUCUGGUCGGAAGUUGGCGAUUUCCGAAAGGAGCUAGCCAAGCUGGAUGGUCAGAUGCAGCAGCUGCGUCAGCUCCAAAGCGCGGCUCGGCCAGCCGGCGGCGAGAAGCCCUUAGGUGAGAGCGAGGUGCUUAGGCUGGUCGGUGAGGUCUUGGCCGGCCCCGGGGUCAAAGCUCAGCAGCAAGAGUCUUGCGAGAUUGCACUUCGCCCUGUGCAUCAUCGCAUCGAUGUUGCCAUGUCGGAGGUCUCAAAGGCCAGAGCUGCAGCUUCGGAGGAGUCGAAGCGGGCGAGGCAAGAACUAGCCGGUCAACUUCGGGCCGAGACGGAGGAGGUGGCGACAAACGCAGCGUCGAAGGCACGGAGAUCGCUAGAUGCAGAGAUGAGAAAUGUUGUGGAUGCACUGCGGAGGCAGCUGCUGGAAGCCAUGGAGACCAACUCACUUCGCGCGACCCAGCAGUUCAAAGAGUCCUCCACGAGCCACAACACUGAGGUUCGGAUGUUGCUGGACCAGCUCGAAGACGUAAGGCGCUUUACGCACGAGCUCAGCCUCUCCGUACGAGAGCUCCAGGCGAAGGCAUUGGACACUGGAGCUCAGAUGCGGUAUUCGGCCGCCCCGGCUGUUGACGACCUGCUGUUCCGGAGACUCGAGGAGGAGCUUGCAGGCCACAUGCGGCUCACCAGCGGCAAGAUUCGAGACCUCCAAGAACUCACGGGGCAUCUUCAGGCACGAACGGCCGAGCAUAGCACUCGGCUGCAGAGCCUCACUGGGGAGGCAGUAGCCGGGAAUCAGCGGCUGGAAACGCUCGCUGUCCUUCUGGAGACGGCUAACGUCCGCUUGGAUCGUGCCGAGGGUGCCUUCAGUGGCGUGGAGACGAGGCUGCAGGACGUGGACACCAACAUGGAGAAGUUUUUCCGAGGUAUCACCGCUCUUGACGCGCGGGUGGACGGGGUGGAGGCUCAGGCUACGAUGCCCUCCCGCAUUGUGGAGGCGGAAGAAGAGGCUUCGGCCCCACGAGCAAACGAGCUGGACUCCCCUCCCUGGAACGUGGCGGUGCGCGGCAUGGAGAACUUGACGCAGAUCGUAGGCAGCCUCGAGAGAUCUGAAGGCCCCCCGGAGCAGCUGGUCGGUGUGGCGCUGCGGGAGGAAGUGAAGGAAGGCUUUGAAGAGGUGUGGAAAGCAGUACGGGAACUUCAAUUCCGCUGUGCAGUCCCUCCCCGGCGUCCUUCCUUGGCCAGCGAGACAGAUCAGCUGCAAGGGGCGAUGCCGCAGGAGGAGCAGUCACAGGAGCCACCCAAACCAAGGACGAACGCGGUCGUGCAAGACGUGAAGUCACAGGCGCGACAAACUCGCGAACACAGCUUCGGCCCUGGGACAUGGCAGAGUGCGAAGAGUCAGGAGAGUGACCUCGAUGACUCGCUGACCGAGGGCAGUAGCAGCUCCUCGCAUUCCGGCCCUCCAGCUGCCAGCACACGAAGACAGUGA